UGUAGUACAGAAUGCAGUAAUGUAUGAAUUACUUUUUUCCUGAGGUAGCUCAACAAACAACACUUAAUGAGGAAGACAAGGCUUAACUGGCACCCUUGUCAUUCUUGAUGAGUAAUUACUUAAAGAUUAAUAAAUUUGAAAUCUACCAGUCUUAGAAAUGGAAGAAAGUGACAAAUCUGAUCAGCCUAUCUCAGCAGGGAGGCAAGAAAUUCGAAAGAGAAGACGACCCAGCCAACCAAUGAUAGAUAAAUCCCAGCAGACUGAAGUGACAGAGAAAAAGAAUCACUUGCCUGCACCACAGUCAUCUGGCCCUAAAGCCAUCCUAAGUAUUGGUAAUAUUCCUGUAAGCAAAGUCAACUGUGACUCUUGUAGAUUAUCUUCUCAACUUCAGCAAACUUGGACAAAGAGAAAGCGUGUACAGGAUAUGACUGAUAGAUCUCUGCAGACAGACACUAUCGCAGAAGAGAAAAAAGAAGAAAUCAAGUCAGUUUGUGAAACAGUGGUACCUGCAGAAAAGCCAGCUGUUGUUGGAGAAGCAGCCCCUGAAUAUCCAGAGAGUAUUCAGGAAGUAGAAAUUCCACCAGACAGACACUCAGUUCAACUCAAAACAGACAGAUCUCAGCAGACCACUUGUACUGGAGACUGGACAAUGAUGAACAUUCCUCAAAAAGAAACAGCAGAUGAACAGCAGAUGUACUUUAGUGAAUUAGAAAUAAUGUUUAUUGGCAGGCCAAAUAAUUCUUUUUCAAACUCAAAGGAAGGUGCACAGAAACGCAAAUCCUCAGGGAAGAUUUUUGUUAGCGAACAUCCUGAAUUUCAACCCACGACAAGUAGCAAUGAAGAAAUUAGCCAGGUAAGUUCCAGCAAAGCUUCACUUAUUCAACAUACCAAAAAAAGUGCUACACUACUUUUAGAAGAUGAACAAGAUGUUCCAAUUAAAGUACAGCCUCCUGCUGCAGAAAAGAUCUCGGCUGAAGUGCAGCUUCCACUAGCUGAGGAGACUACUGCAGAAGAGGUCCCUGCCGAAAUUCAGCCUCCACCCGCUAAGGAAGCUCCUGCUGAUGUACAGCCUGCCCCAGCUGAAGAGGUUCCUGGAGAUGAGGGCCCUGCUAAAGCAGCGCCUAUCCCAGCUGAAACGACUCUUUCAGAAGAGCCUUCUGCUGAAAUUCAGCCUCCAGCAGCUGACGAGGUUCCUGUUGAAAUACAGCCUACCCCAGCGGAAGACACUCUUUCAAAAGAGCUUUCUGCUGAAGUUCAGCCUUCAUUAACUGAAGAGGCUCCUAUACAAGAGGCCCCAGAACUUCCACCAGCUGAGGGAACCACUAGCAAACUUCAGCUUUCACCACUUGUAGUGUCCACUGCAGAAAAGGCCCCAGCUGAAGCUGAGCCUCCACCAGCUGAGCUGGUUCCUGAUGAAGUUCAGCCUCCACCACCUGAGGAGCGCCCUGCAGAGGAAGCCCCAGAAGAAGUUUAUUUUCUACCAGCUGAGGAGACCACUAAAGAAGAGGUCUCAGCUGUAGUUCAGCCUCCACCACCUGAGGAGGCCCCUCCAGAAGAGGACCCAGAAGAAGUUCAGUCUCUACCAGCUAAGGAGGCCCCUGCUGAAGAGGCUUCAGCCGAACUUCAACCUCUACCUCCAGAGGAGGCCUUUGCAGAGGAGGCCCCUGUUGAACGUCAGCCUCCACCAACUGAAGAAACUACUUCAGAAAUGGUCCCUGUUGACAAACAGUCUUUCCAAGUUGGAGAGUCCUUUAUUACACAAAUCUUUAUAAGAGACACCUUUACUGAAGUUCCGUUUCCACCAUCUGGACAAACCCCUGCAGAUGAGGCUCUGGUAGAAAUCGCGUCUAAUGAAUAUCAGUCUCUCCAGACACCAGACAUCCCGGUGGUAAAACUAGAAUCAUUGGUUUUCGAAAAUGAGCCAAAAUCUGAAGAGCCUUUAAAACUGGAUCCUCUUCCUGAAGAUUCAUCGAAUCCCAAAAAGGGAGAGGUUUCUAUUCAAAUAGAAGGUGUCAUCCAUAUAGAACUGGAAUAAGGGCCUCCUCCUGAGCUGUCGCCAGGUCUUAACUAAGCUAGUCAUCAGAGGCUAGGGGGUUCUGGAAGUACAUAUCUUAGAGAAGGCUAGGCCUUUGGAGGUAGCUUUGU